AAAUUUGAAGUUGAAAUGUUUUUGGUGUUGCCCAAUCGGAGCAAAGGAGGAAUGUCAAAUUGUCAAAGCGAGUAAAUAAAGCAAAGGAAAAUAUAAAAUAAUAAAAAGGAAGGAAGAAAUCUUUAGACAGCCUACAAAAGUACCAUAGCCUACCAAAGUCAAAAAUGUCUGAAGUAGCGAAUUCAAUCACAACAAUUAAAAUGGAACCAAUCGAAGAUUCUCAAGUUGAACAAGAAUUUGAUCAUGUGAAUGCAAACGACGAAAUAUGUCUUCAGAAGUUUUUAGAAUCUGAGGUCAUUAUUGAUGAAGAAAUAAAGCAAGAAGCGAUUGAAGGUCAAGAAGCUGUGACAAGUCCAGACCAGAUAAGUGUAGAUGAAAAUUCUAAUACAAGUAAUACAAAAAUGGUUACAAAAAAAAAACGAAGUACCUAUAGGAGACAAUCUCAUAAAUGUGAAACUUGCAAUAAAAUAUUGUCCUCAAAGCAAGGAUUAGAACAUCAUCAAAUGAUCCACACUGGAGAGCGCCCUUUUAAAUGUGAGAUAUGUAAUAAAGCAUUCAAAGCUUUAGGUAUAUUAAACCGACAUAAAGCUCGCCAUGCCAGACCACGCUUAUAUAAAUGUGAGAAUUGCGAUAAAGCAUUCUUAUCACAAUAUAUAUUAAGCCAACAUGAAAUGACCCACAUUAUACGCUCUUAUGAAUGUGAGAUAUGCGGUAAAACAUUCAAUAAACUAUGUGUAUUAAAAAUGCAUCAAGCAGUCCACACCGGAGAACGCCCUCAUAAGUGUCUAAUAUGCAAUGAGACAUUUAUACAAGCAAACAAUUUAAAACUACAUUUAUUAAAACAUGCUGGAGUGCGUCCUUACGCUUGUGCAACUUGUAAUAGAACAUUCCCAACAAAAGCUAGAUUAAGCCAACAUGAAAUAAGCCAUAGCGAAGAAAGACCUUAUACAUGUGAACUAUGCAAUAAAGCCUUCAAAUCAAAAAAGUACUUAAAAAGACACGAGGUUAGUCAUUAUGGAGAAUAUUGUCAUCAGUGUUACAAUUGCGAUAAAAUAUUCAAAAGAAGCCAGGAAUUAACUGCACACGAAUUGACUCACUCUGAAAGCAUUUAUAAAUGUGAAACAUGCAAUAAAACAUUCUCAAGAAAAAAAUCAUUGAAUAUACAUGAAAGGAUCCACACUGGCCAAUGGCUUUUUAAAUGUGAAAUAUGCUACAAAACUUUUACAACAAAAAAAUCAUUGAAGUGCCAUGAAGUGAUUCAUACUGGGGAACGCCCUUAUAAAUGCGAAAUAUGCAAUAAGGAGUUUACUCGAUCACAAACUUUGAGAGUGCAUUUAAUUGUGCAUAGUGAAGAUCGAGAGCAUGAUUGUGAUACAUGCAAUAAAUCAUUCAAAACAAAACAAGCAUUGAAUCAACAUAAAGUUGUCCAUAUUGAAAGUCCAUAUAAAUGUGACAAGUGCAGCAUUGCAUAUAAAACAAAACGGUCAUUAAAACGACAUGCAAAAACUCAUUUGGAAUAUUGAAAAAAAAAUUCAAGUGGUUUAAAGAAAAUAUACAUAUUGUACCAGGGGGAUAUAGUAUGAUUUUUUUUUAUAUGAUGACGCCUAUAGAAAGAAUUUUAG